AAAAUGUUAAACAAUCGAGGUAAUUUGUGGGACAACAACAUUAAGGAAUACGGAUUAUAAAAAGGUUAAUACGAAUGUUAAACCAUGCUAUCUAUGGCUUGCAACUACUAUAUCUCGGAUUCGAUUAUGAAUCACGCUAAGAUUUAGUUACGUGACCAUCUUGUACGCUAGUUCACUACAGCUGGAUAGCUCAGGGAUCUGAGUAGUAGAAAAUUGACCAGACUGUCAACAAUUUGAAUGUAAUGGUUUCACGGAAAAUGACUUGUACUACAAAAGAUAAAAUAAUAAGACAAUGGCAUCUUACCUGUUUCACUAGCGUCACUUAUAUCUCAGUCGUAAAUGUCUAUUUGAUUGUUUAUCUGUUUUGCAAACAGAAUUCAAAGCAAACGUGUACACUGAACCUAGGUAAAUUUUCAGAGAAAUCAAAAACGCCGUCUCUCUUGUCAAUGGAAGAGGAGCAACUUAUCAAAUCCCUUGAACGCCUAAAUAAGCGACUGAACGACAUACUCAUUCGCCAGAAAAAAUAAACCAAUUCAACUUCAACCUGAGUACACUUGUGUGAUCAUUAUCAUUGAUGGUCAGACGACAAAAUAACGGAGUAUUGUUGUACAGAAGUCAAAAUGCUUUGUAUAUUUUUCAUCUUAGAAACCGUCGAAGUUGUAUUAUUUUAUGUGUACAGUUGAUGAAUAUCUUCAUUAGCUACCUUUUUGUGGGAUGUAACUAUGCUUUAUCUUUUUCUGUUAUAAAGUAAUAAGGAAAAUUCUGCCUGAAGUUCAUGACCUAAAAACAAUUGUGUUUGGAACAUAUAACUUCAAAAUAUAUGCUACUUUUCAGAUAAAAAAAACAAUCUUAA